AUGCAUUUCCUUCCAGUGUCUAUAUUUUCCACACUACUCUUCGCUCUCUUCUCUUCUUGUCACCCCGUCGAACCUACCCCACCUCCUUGUGGUAGUUGCUUAACCUCUUCCGAGAUUCUGCCCAUCGCCACGCGCUGGCUCAACGUUUUCUCUACAGGCGGCCGUUAUGACCUUCCCAACGCCGCAACCGAGGACGUUCAAUAUUGGAACGAAGAAUUCACAUAUCCCGGCUGUCCGACACCCUUCGCCGCCAACCGAUCUCAAUUGUGGGAUAUCAUAGGCGAAACCGCACACUCUUGGACAACAUGCACGAAUAUCAGUUUCGAGGUGGUGAGCGCAUGGUCGAGUUGCGAUAGGAUUGCAGUGAGGUGGAGAGAGCAUGCUGUUAUUAGCAGUGGGGUGAAUGGCAAUGCUAGCAAGGCAAACCCAGGCACACCGAUUAUGUUCUCUGGGAUCGACCUCCUGACUGUUGACCUAGCCAGCAGAAAGGUCAGCAACGCUGAGACAUCAAGUGAUCGCAUCAAUUAUUAUGCCGCUGCGGGGAUCGACCCUUUUGCGACAUAA